GGAGGCGAAUAGGUGCACCUGUGCCUGUCGAAUCGACUCCAAAUCAGCUGGACCACCUGAGGGUGGAGUCUCCACUCUCCCCUAAGGGUAACCUGUCAUGACAGCGUGUCCGCUGUAGUGUUGAGGUUGCCCGGGAUGUGAGUGGCUUGCAGCGACUUGAAGUGCUGCUGACUCCAGAGGAGGAGACGGCGGGCGAGUUGUGACAUACAACGAGAGCGCAAACCGCCUUGGCGGUUUACAUAUGCUACCGUUGUUGUGUUGUCUGUCUGAACUAACACGUGCUUGCCCUGGAUCAACGGCCGAAACCUCCGCAGGGCGAGCAGAAUUGCCAACAACUCGAGGCAGUUGAUGUGCCAAUGCAGUCAUGGACACAUCCAGAGGCCGGCGGCUGCGUGCCCAUUGCAAACAGCGCCCCAGCCCGUUUUGGAGGCGUCUGUCGUGAUCACGACGCAUCUGGGGACCAGUUCUAGAGGAACACCUGCCCAUAGAAAUGAGAGGUCAGUCCAAGGGCUGAAAAGACGGUGACAGACCGGCGUGAUGACCACAUGACGUUUCCCGUGGCGCCAUGCCCAUCUCGGGACUCGAGUCUGGAGCCAGUACUGAAGCAGCCUCAUAUGCAUCAACCCGAGCGGGGUGGCCACCGCCGAGGAUGCCAUAUGCCCCAGGAGCCUCAGUGGAAAGUUUCAGUGGAACCGCUGUUUUCUGUUUCCAAACCAAGAAAAGAGAUGCUCUGAACAGGGAGGAGCUUGCUGUUUUCCUAAUUGACCCGAAGCCCUAGUCGGCUGAUGUGUGAGAGCACCAGGUCCCUGUGUGCACACAACAUGUCUCGAGAAUGAGCUAGGAUUAGCCAGUCGUCGAGAUAGUUGAGAACACGAAUGCCCACCUGCAGUUCUUGGAUUUGCCGUCUCUUAUAUUUGUACUUCUCCUCGGCUGCUCGUCUCUGUUCCUCCAGCUUCAGUUUCUCCUGAUGCUCCGGACCUACAGCAAGAUGGUUCAAUGUUCAAAUUUAUGUCUGUACAAGGGCUUGGUUCCCUAUCUGUCACUCACUCGACGUUGUGUCGAUGUAGUGACACUAGGGGUCACUCUUGGGGGCCCCGAGACACCUCUGGUCUUUGAUAAAAGGCCGAUGAAAAUUGGCGAGUGGUAUUUGCAUGCCACUCCCCCGGACAUACGGGUAUAAAAGGAGCUGGUAUGCAACCACUCAUUCAGAUUUUCUCUUCGGAGCCGAACAGUCAUGCUCACUGAGCUGAAUACUACUGUUCAUUCACCUGUUUUAACUGUUUUACAACAGUUAAACUACCACAACAAUGUUUGAAAACCCUCAGUUGCCACAGGUCUUUGUUUUGUCCUAAAAUUGUAGGGCAUGAGCAGCACAUUGGAGGGUGUUCUUCAAGAGGAGACAGUUGAGAAUGACACCACUGAGAGGACUAAAGCACAUGUUCUCUCUCUCAAUAAAGACCUCAUGUCUCAGGAGGAGAAACUGAAUAGAGUUGUCAAACAGUGUUCCAAGUAUACCAGGGAAAUUAGGUCUGCUAAAAAUUCCAAAGGGCAGACCUUUGAGGAACGUGACAUAGAGCUACGAGAACUUAGAGAUGUCAAUAAAAGCAUUAAUAAGAUGCUCCUAGAAGCCAUGGAAGAGAAUUCGGACCUGUCAUCUACAUUACAGAUAUAUUUUAUGCAGUAGGGGCCGAUAUGCACGAAGAAUGUGAAUCACCAAAAACAGAAGAAGGAGAAUGCGACAGUGAAGGAAAAAGGACUUAAAUAUUGAUUUAAAUAUUACAGUCUAUUCAUAUUCAGAUGUCAAGUUAAAAGCACCCAGUGUGACAGUUAAAAGCAAACAAAUAUUAAUGGCAUUCAGAAAAUUCUGACUAAUGUCUUUGCAUCGUCUUGUG